AUGGCCGGUCCAGAAUCUGAUGCCCAAUUCCUGUUCACUGGUAUUAAAAUGUAUUUCGGGAGUCUUACACUCACAGGUAGAAUGAAUCAUGUGCUGACCACAUAUGGAGAAAUUGUGUUGCUGGUCUUGUACUUCAAAUCAAAAUUAAAGAAAACUCCCACUGUGAAAGCAGUAUAA